AGCCCCAGGAGGAGCCCGGCUGACUCCGCCCCAGGCCAGGAAGUGACUGGAAAAAAAAAAAAAAAGAAAAAAACCAAAACAGUUUUGAGAUGUGGCAAAGAGAGGUCGCCGUUGGGUGAGGAGCCCGGGAAGGCCCGCCCAGAUUCCGGGCCCCUGCCCUCGUUCCCCUUUGGGGCUGGGGAGGCGGGGAGCACACGGGCCAAGUCGGGGGGCUCGCUGGGGACCGAAAAGAGGCCCCGGCGGGACUCGAGACCGUCACCCGAGAUCCUAGUGGGCGGUCGAGGCGGGCCGGACGCCGCCGCCAUGCCUACUUGCGGGACGGUCCCCGAGCCCCCUGACCGCUUUGCGGUGUUUGCGGAAGCCGAGGACCGAGUGCGGCAGCAGCAGCUCUGCGUGGAGCGUAUCUUUGGCGUAAACAUGAGCGUCCUCCCCAAGGACUGUCCCGAGAACCCUCACAUCUGGUUGCAGCUGGAAGGCCCCAAGGAGAACUUGAGACGAGCCAAGGAGUACCUGAAGGGGCUCUGCAGCCCUGAAUUUCUGGAGGAAGUCCACUUUCCACCGGAACUGCAUUGCAUCUUCCUGGGUGCCCGCGGCCUUUUCCUGGACUGUCUGGCUUGGAGCACGGGUGCCCACCUGGUGCCCAAGGCACCAGGCACUCUGGUGAUUGGUGGCCUGAGUGAGGCCUUUGUCAUGGCUCAGAGCCGUGUGCAGGACCUAGCAGAGAGACUGAGCGAUGACUUUCGGCCCCCAGGGGCGGCUCUGGGUGCUGCAGCAACCAGCGAGUUCUUGGUCCUGCUUCAGUCCCGGCAGGACAUGCAUGGGACAGCCUUGCUGCAGCUGCCCCUUGCUGUCCAGGAGGAGCUACUGAGCUUGGUGCAGGAGGUGGCCAGGAGCCGGGGGCCGCAGGGGCUCCCAUCUUGGGAGGAGAACCCUGGGGAGAGGAACUCUGGCUUGCACAGGGCUCCUACAAGCAGGGCAGACAGGGGCUCCCUGGACGCUGGGUCUGUGGGGCCAGGGGAUUCAAAGGUAGCGAAGGAAGAGGGCCAGGCUGUGCCAAAGGAGCAGGGCAAACUGGGCAGCCCUGGGCAACUGGAUUCACAACGGAAGCAGCUGAGUGGGGAAGAGGCCUGGGAUAGAGAAGUGACUUUGCAGCCCCAGAUGGUGGGAGGACGGGCAGGGGAGAUGGAGUCCCCGAAAGGCAAGGCCCUGGGGAAAGAGGGCAUGACUUCAGACAGAGGUGGGGUCAGUGUGGCAGGAGAGCCUGCGGGUGCCCAUGGGUACUCUCCAAGGGCGGGUCAGCCCCGUGGGGCCUCCCUUCUGCAGCGGCUCCACAAUGGGACCACCUUGCCCCCGAGGGUGCCUAGCCCUCCCUCGGCACCGGAACCCCGCUGGUACUCUGUGGACCGUGGGGACCGGGGAGAUAAGCCACAGACUGGGGCUCGGGGUCGUGGGUCUCCAUGGAAACGAGGUGCCCGUGGUGGCGGUGGUGGUAGUGGUGGCGGUGGCGGUAGUGGUGGCGGCGGCGGCAGUGGCGGUGGUGGUGGCAGUGGUGGUGGAGGCAACUUGGUGACUGGCACGCAGCGUUUCCAGGAAGCCUUGCAGGAUCCGUUCAAUCUGUGUCUGGCCAACGUGCCUGGCCGGCCAGGCCUCCGUCAUAUUGUCAUCGAUGGCAGCAAUGUGGCCAUGGUGCAUGGACUGCAGCACUACUUCUCCAGCCGGGGCAUUGCCAUUGCUGUGCAGUACUUCUGGGACCGUGGUCACCGAGACAUAACUGUCUUUGUGCCUCAGUGGCGCUUCAGUAAGGAUUCCAAGGUCAGAGAGAGUCACUUUCUGCAGAAGCUAUACUCGCUCAGCCUGCUCUCCCUCACCCCUUCGCGAGUCAUGGAUGGCAAGCGGAUCUCCUCCUACGAUGAUAGGUUCAUGGUGAAGCUGGCUGAAGAGACUGAUGGGAUCAUCGUCUCCAACGACCAGUUUCGGGACCUGGCAGAGGAGUCCGACAAGUGGAUGGCCAUCAUCAGAGAGCGCCUGCUGCCCUUCACCUUCGUGGGGAAUCUCUUCAUGGUUCCUGAUGACCCCUUGGGGCGCAACGGACCCACCUUGGAUGAGUUCUUGAAGAAGCCAGCCAGGGCACAGGAGCCGUCUGAGGCACAGCAGCCUUCCAGAGGCUUCGCAGGACAUGGGAGUAAGCAGCAGGAGAAAGAAGAGGAAAAAGGCAGCAGUUGCAUUCGGAAGAGCCGGGAGACAGAGCGGCUGCGACGGCAGCUCCUGGAGGUGUUCCUGGGUCAGGACUACAAGGUGGACUUCAUCCUGCAGCGGGAGCCCUACUGCCGGGACAUCAACCAGCUGUCCGAGGCCCUGCUCAGCCUCAACUUCUGAGGCUCAACUUCUGAGGUCCCAAGUGGCUGCCGUCCCGUCAGCCCUCACCUGCCCUGAGCUUAGCUGCCUCCUGGGAGGGAUGCCCCCUAAUGCUGCUCACACUGACCGGGCCUCCCACUGAGCUGGUUGCUUGGGCGGGGAGGAUGAACACAUUCACCAUGGGCAGUGCUCUGGCUUGGGGGCCCGUCUGGGGGCCAAGUCCCCAGAGUGACCAGGUCUCGUCUUGCUUCGGAACCUCAGUCAGCUUUCAGGAAAUUCUGCCCAGCC